UCGGACAUAUUCAAAAAUUUAAUAAUGUAAUAGCAUGUCCGGAAUCAGGAGUUUUGAGUGAAAAGCUGUGUAUAAUAAUUGAUUUGAAAGUUAUUGUUUCUUUACAAUUGUCACUCUUUUACGCUCUUUCACGUAUUAAAUAAGUCAUGGGAAACGUAAAUUCUAAAAUACUAAAAUUUUUGGGAAUUCGAAGCGAAGCCGACUCUAUAAAGAAAUCUUACUCGUAUUUAUCUCUCAAAUCUUUCGACGAUGAAUCGUCUGUAGAAAGUGAUGGCAAUCAAUGGAAUUUAUUUAAAGUAGGCAGCACGAAAAUUUAUUUAAGUGAUGAUAUAGCCAAUUUUGAUUCUUUUGAAUGGGAUUACUCCUGCAGUAGUAUUUCGUUAAAGGAAAGCAGAAGGGGGGAGAGUAUAGAAAGCAUUAAAUGGAGGAGGACUGCAUCUGGACAUUGGACUAGAGCCGCGUCCUCCUCUUUUGAAUCUUCUGUUCCUCGUAGAUUCGACUCGAUUAUUUCCGAUUUUCAUUCCAGUAGAUCUGACAAUUUGGACGAAGAUGUACGCAAUAUUCCUUUGCGGUAUUCAGAAAGCGAUUCUCUUAGCAAUACUGAUUACGAGUACGAAGACGUAGGCGAUCAUACGAAAUCAAAAACGUUUUCUGAAAAUCACGACGUUGAUCAAAAACUUCGUAGGGAUAAUUAUUUAGGAAAUACUCAAAACUGCAAGAAUAAAUUUUUAAGCCAAAUUCACAACGGAUCACAGAAACAAGAGCCAUUGCCUCUCGGCGAUAAAGAAUCUUUGGUAACUCUCCGCCCUGAAGCAUCUUUGACUAAUUUGAAGCAAGUUCAAAAAUGUUUUUCUAGAGCACAAGAAAAACGUGAUUCCGAUUCAGAAAUUUCAAAAGUGCGAGCAUCAAAACGAAUUGAAUCGGAGACAAAGACAAUAGCGAAGAGUCAUUUGAAUGCUCCUCGUCCAGAAUUUACAAAAACUCAAAUUUCUUCUGUUAGUAAAACUCGACAGAAAAAUUCGGUAGGAAGAAAUAAGAAAAUUUAUCGCAAACGCAGAUAUAAACGUUAUCCAAAAUCCGUAUUGACUGAUGAAUCUUCCCCAUCACCGAUACGUAAGAAAGGAGAACGAAUUUCAAAGCCCCGUAAACAAUUACCAUCGGUCGAUCAAAGUGAAAAUUUGAAGCUGUACGAAUUAACACAAUCGUGAGGAAAGAAAAUGAAUGACGAAGAUUAUAAAGCUAUUAAAAUAUACUUAAGAAAUGAAUCAAAACAGAUUAAUGAAAUUAUAUACAAUUUGUUUUUCUUCGUAAUUAAAAACAUUUUCA